AUGGCUGACGAAUACGACGCCGAGCAGGCUGCCGAGCUCAAGAGAAAGAGAGCGUUCCGAAAGUUCUCCUACCGAGGAAUCGACCUUGACCAGCUCCUCGACCUCUCCUCCGACCAGCUUCGCGAUGUUGUCCACGCUCGUGCCCGCCGCAGGAUCAACCGUGGUCUGAAGCGCCGCCCCAUGGGUCUCAUCAAGAAGCUUCGCAAGGCCAAGCAGGAGGCUCAACCUAACGAGAAGCCCGACCUCGUCAAGACCCACCUCCGAGACAUGAUUGUCGUCCCCGAGAUGAUCGGUAGCGUCAUCGGCAUCUACUCCGGCAAGGAGUUCAACCAGGUCGAGAUCAAGCCUGAGAUGGUUGGUCACUACUUGGCUGAGUUCUCUAUCUCAUACAAGCCCGUCAAGCACGGUAGACCCGGUAUCGGUGCCACGCACUCUUCUCGUUUCAUUCCCCUCAAGUAA